UCUCUCUCUCUCUCUCUAGAGUUGUGAAUGUUCACCAGGUUGAAGAACACUAAUGGGAGCUCUAGUUCUGAGGUUGUUUGAUAAAGUUUCUGGCUUUGGUAAGUUUCCAUGGAGAAGAAGCAAUACUAGUAGUGGUGCGACAGGCCCAGAAGGUCAGGAGAGGAGAAUCUUUCAAAGAGAUGUUGAAAGAGACCAGUUUCAGUAUGGAAAUGCUCAUUGUCUUUCAUCAUAUUACAGUGUCUUUGUGGCUCGUCUUGCAAUCAUGGUUAUGCUAGCUAUUCUAAUUGGGCUGUUAACUAUACUGACAUGGCAUUUCACAAGAAUAUACACCGCAAAGUCACUUAGUAACUUAGCUUAUGGGCUUCGUUAUGAGCUUCUGCAACGCCCCAUUUUGCGGAUGUGGAACAUAUUGAAUUCGACAGCUGAGAUAACAACAGCGCAGGUGAAGCUUUCUGAGUAUGUGAUCAGAAAGUAUAGCAAUCCUGCUACUCAAGCAGAACAAGUAGAGCUCUAUGAAUCGAUGAGGGCGAUAACAUGGGCAAUGUUUGCCAGUCGAAAAGCUCUUAGUGCCAUUACUAUCAACUACAGAAAUGGUUUUGUCCAGGCAUUCCAUAGGGAUCACAGGAGUAACAACUCGUUUUAUAUCUACUCUGAUCUUGCAAACUAUUCAAUCACUCCCAAUGGGGAUUAUGAUGUUGAUAUGUUCUCGACACGCGAGGCUUGGAAUGAUCAGUCCAUACAUGGAAACACUUCUGCAAAAUGGUUCCGCGAACCACUUGAUCCUGUCACCGGUGAGAAGAUAGGGAAAGCAAUCCAAAUUCAGCCAGAUGAUCUGAUCAACAUUGCAGGCCUUUCACAAGUACCAGAUGGUGUGGCCACUUGGCAUGUAGCGGUGAGCAAGUAUUCAGAUUCACCAUUGCUUUCAGCAGCACUACCGGUUUCUGAUUCUUCCAAUAAAAGCAUAGUAGCUGUGGUGGGAGUUACUACAGCUCUGUAUAGUGUUGGACAGCUCAUGAAAGAGCUAGUUGAGUUUCACAGUGGACAUAUUUAUUUGACAUCUCAAGAAGGCUACUUACUCUCUACUUCUACAAAUGCUCCUCUUUUGAUAAAUACCACUAAGGGGCCAAAGCUUAUGAUGGCUACUGAUUCAGAGGAUCACACAAUACGAAUGGGAGCUGAGUGGUUACAAAGAGCAUAUGGCAACAAGUUUCCUCCUCGUGAUCAGGAGGUUCAUGUUAAAAAUGCCAGGCUUGGACAUGAGCAAUAUUACAUCGACUCAUUUUUCCUGAAGCUAAAGAGACUUCCUCUGGUAGGGGUCAUCAUCAUUCCAAGAAAAUAUAUAAUGGGGAAGGUGGAUGAGAGAGCCUUCAAAACGUUGGUGAUCUUGAUAUCUGCAUCAUUUUGUAUCCUAGUCACAGGAUGUGUCUGCAUUUUCAUACUGACAAAUGGAGUAUCAAAGGAAAUGAAACUGAGGGCAGAGCUGAUAAGUCAUCUUGAUGCGAGGAGACGAGCGGAGGCAUCUAGCAACUAUAAAAGCCAAUUCCUAGCAAAUAUGAGUCAUGAACUAAGGACACCAAUGGCUGCAGUCAUUGGCUUGCUGGACAUUCUUAUUAGUGAUGAUUGCCUUACAAAUGAACAGUAUUCCACAGUAACUCAGAUUAGGAAAUGUUCAACAGCUCUACUUCGGCUUCUUAAUAAUAUACUAGAUUUGAGCAAGGUUGAAUCAGGAAAACUGGUGUUGGAAGAAGCUGAGUUUGACUUGGGAAGAGAACUUGAAGGGCUAUUUGAUAUGUUCUCUGUGCAGUGCAUCAACCACAAUGUGGAGACUGUUUUAGAUCUUUCUGAUGAUAUGCCGAGAUUAGUACGAGGAGACUCGGCAAGAGUUGUUCAAAUCUUUGCAAAUCUAAUCAGCAAUUCUAUCAAGUUCACUACAUCUGGUCACAUAAUACUUAGAGGAUCGUGUGAGAACUUGAACGCUUCUGGUGAUACCAUGAGAAUUAGUUUCGAUCAGAAAAGUUUACAGUCUUCACAUAAGGCAAAGUUGAAGCAAGGGAACUAUGCAAUGAAGACCCCCAAGAAAGACAACAAAAUGGUUCUUUGGUUUGAAGUUGAUGACACUGGUUGUGGAAUUGAUGCUAGUAAAUGGGAGUCUGUGUUUGAAAGCUUUGAGCAAGCUGAUCCUUCAACAACUCGAACGCAUGGUGGCACUGGUCUUGGGCUGUGCAUUGUGCGGACACUGGUUAACAAGAUGGGUGGAGAAAUCAAGGUUGUAAAGAAGGAUGGGCAAGGAACCUUAAUGCAGUUGUACUUGGUCUUGAAUACACCUGUAGAUGGCACAGAACAAUAUUGUCAAGCAGAUUUUGCGAAGCAAAGUAUAGUUGUGCUUCUGGCACUACAUGGCAGUAUGGGUAGAUUGAUUAUGUCCCAGUGGUUACGUAAAAAUGGAGUGUUCACAUUGGCAACAUCUGAGUGGAAUGAGCUGACACAAAUUCUUAGAGAACUUUUUAAAGGCAGAAAUUCAGCUCAUACUAACAGCUUUGAUACACAGCAUUCUCUAAAUGCAUCUUUGAAAGCUGAAACUCGAAGUAUACAUGAUAUAAGGAACCCUGUUUUUGUCAUGGUUGUCGAUAUAGGAGUGCUUGACUUGAGCACAGAUAUAUGGAAGGAACAGCUUAAUUUCCUUGACAAAUACACUGGGAAAGCAACGUUUGCAUGGAUGCUGAAUCAUGAUACCUCCAAUGCCAUAAAGGUGGAGCUUCGCAGAAGAGGGAAUGUAUUGAUGGUUAACAAGCCUCUAUACAAAGCAAAAAUGGCUCACAUUUUGGAAGCUGUCAUAAGAGAGAGAAAUCUCGAAACACAUGAAUGCCUUGAGAUUGAUUCUACUCACUUUGAUGUUGGCUGCAGCUCUGAUGAAUCUGACAAAGGUGGAAAGAACAACUCCAGUUAUAAAGCUUCAUUUCAUAUUGGAGAAAGACGAAGAGACAAGAUUGCAAAAAAUUGUUCCUCCUCACAGUACCAGACUAUUAACAGCUGCUUAGUCGAACUGACAGAGGUGCUCCCAAAGGACAAUAGUUCAAGGAAAGAAGAUGCAGAAUCUAGACUAAUGAGCACCGGUCAAGCAUCCCAUGCUACAGAACCUCGAUGUGAAGAUAUAAAACUUAAACAACAACUAUCUAUCACCAGGAGUCCUAAGGAGAAUGGCAGUGCAUACUGUAGGAAACCUGUGAAUCAACCAAAGUCUCUUCAAGGCCUGCGCAUACUUCUUGUAGAAGACACACCAGUACUGCAGAGAGUUGCAAGUAUAAUGCUAGAAAAGAUGGGAGCUACAGUAAUUGCCGUGGCUGAUGGACUGCAGGCAGUAGAUGCUUUGAGCUGUAUGCUCAAUGACGCGAAAGAGGGACAUGAAAAUGAAACUUUGGUUCAUCGCCCAUAUGACUUGGUUCUGAUGGAUUGCCAGAUGCCAAAGAUGGAUGGUUAUGAAGCAACAAAAGCUAUCAGGAAAUCAGAAGAGGGAACCAGUAUGCACAUACCAAUCGUUGCUCUAACAGCUCAUGCAAUGUCAUCAGAUGAAGCGAAAUGCUUGGAGGUGGGGAUGGAUGCAUAUCUAACAAAGCCAAUUGAUUACAAGUUGAUGGUGUCUACCAUACUUUCACUCACUAAAAUUACAGAAGCCUGACUUUCAACAUCAAGGAUAACCCUAAGUAUAUAAUCGAUCUGCUCAGCAAGUCUUACACUGUAAAACUAGACAAUAAGGAACUCUCUUUUUUGGGUCUGUUAGAGAAUAUGGAACUUGGAAAAUACAAAGUAAUUGUACAUAAGAGAUGUAAAUCCACUUUUUCCUCAAUAAUAUGCAGACUGGAAUGUAACAUUCCCCAA